AUCACCAAAAUCAAAGGUGGAAAUUAAGGAAAAGUUUCAAAGAAUGGAUUAUAGGCUCAACCAAAGAAGAGUGUCCUUUUCUGAUCCAAAUUCACGACAACACAUACCAGAUGAUGAGCGUGUAACUGCAGUUGCAGCUGCUGCAUUUUCCAUUCAUUCACUAGAAGAAGCAGGGUUACUUAAUUUGCAGAAAAUGAAAGAAUCUCCCAAAUUUCCAAGGACCAAAACUGUGAGAGAAAAAGAGGGGAAAGUAUCUAGGCAACCAAGUCAUGGGGAAAUUUCAACAAGAAGGUCAUUGGGACAAGAACUCGCUAGAGCAACAGAAAGUGCUAUUCCUGCUAGACGCCCAAGUGGUGUAUCCCCGGCAGCAGGGUAUCAAAAUCACAAAGGGAAUCAAGUAAUACAACACAAAAAUGACAAGGCAACACUAUGGGAAAAGGCCAAGAUAGAGAGGAUUCAAAAGAGGUAUGAGAAGACAAAGUCCAAAAUCCUUGCUUGGGAGAGUUAUAGAAAGAUUCAAGCCAAAAUGCAGAUGGACAGGAAGAAGAGUGAAUGGGAGCACAAAAGGGCAAUAGAAAUGCAACAUUACAAGAACAAGAUAGCAAGGAUAGAUAUGAUAGCACAAGGAGCAAUAUCACAGUUGGAAGACCACAAAAGAAAACAAGAGUCCAAAGCAAAGGAAAAAGCAAAGAAAAUCAGAAAAACAGGAAGGGUCCCUGUCAAAUGUUUCUGCUUCAAAUCUUUAUAGGAUCAAGUCAUGUAGCCAGUUCCAGGAAAACAAAACAGUAGGAAAUUUCAUGUUGGUUCAUAAUAUUUCUUCCUUAAAUUGGCUUGGGAAAUUUCAUGAUAAUAUCCACUAAACUAAGGUUAAUUUUAUACAAGCUAUAUAAGCAUGCUGCUUAAAUUGUUCAAAUUUCAUAUUUGAUGUAAUGAUAUAACCUACUCAAAUUGUUCUGGUUGUGAGGCAUGCAUUAUUCAAUAAAAAUGGCACUUAUGCCAAUA